AGUGCUUUUCGGGGCCAGUUCUUGUCAUGGUCUCCUCUGCAGCGAGCAGAAAAUCUUGUCGAGAGAGAGGUUGAGGGGGGCGAGUGGUAGGGGCGAUGGGCUGAGUGAUGGGGAGUUCUGGGGGACGAGCGAAGCGGGUUUGUGGGGGUCACUGACGUGGGAGGUUUGGGGUGAGUGAUGGUGGACCGAGAGGUCAGUGAAUGAGGGUCUGUGGGCUCAAUGGUAGACAAAGUUAUGGGGCUAGUCAGGGUUGAAUGGGGCUUAUUAAACAUUGACUUUUACACAUUUUCCAGCACAGUGACCUGCGCUAAGGGUUCAUACGCACCCCUUAAGCUCCUCCUUAGGCGCCCCCGCCUCUCCCUCUGUCCCUCUCCCCUUGCCCAAGCCCCGAGGUAGGGGCCUGGUGUGAAUGCUCCAGCUGAAGUGAACCUGCACCCGAAGGCUUCCUUCUGGUUCCUGGGCAAGACGGCCCCAGUGAGCUCAACCUUCACUCAUCUCUGCCUUUUCCCAAGAAGAGCAGGAAAUGGCCGGACCCCAGGGACUCAUGACAUUUGAGGAUGUGGCUGUGAAUUUCACCCAGGAGGAGUGGCAGUACCUGAACCCUCCACAGAAGACCCUAUACAGAGACGUGAUGCUGGAGACCUACAGCCACCUGGUCUCUGUGGGGCAGCAGAUUACCAAACCAGAUCUCAUCCUCAAAUUGGAGGUAGAAGAGCCGUGCCUGACAGAAGGAAAAAUCCCAGUUUGGAGCUUUCCAGAAGAAGCCUUCCAGGCUGAUGAACAAAUUGAGAGACAGCACCAGGAUGACCAAGAUAAACAUGUGAUGCAAGCUGGAUUCCCUGACAAGAGAGCCAUUACCACCAAGAUUGGCCAUGACUAUAAUGAAUUUGGAAACAUACUUCAUCUCAGUACAAACUUUGUUGCUUCAAUACAAAGACCCCAUAAACAUGAGUCAUUUGGGCAUAUGGUAGAUAAUUUAGACUUAUUUGGUAGAAGCUCUGCAGAAAAGAAACAUGAUAAUGGAUGUGCAAAAUUAUUCUUCCAUACUGAGUAUGAGAAAACAACUCCUGGAAUGAAACCUUAUGGCUAUAAAGAGUGUGGGAAGACCCUCAGGCAAAAGAAAGGCCUUAGUCUACAUCAGAGAAUUAAAAAUGGAGAGAAACCCUUUGAAUGUACUGCAUGUAGGAAAACCUUCAGCAAGAAGUCACACCUCAUCGUGCACUGGAGAACUCACACAGGAGAGAAGCCCUUUGGAUGUACUGAAUGUGGAAAAGCCUUUAGCCAAAAAUCUCAGCUCAUCAUACACCUGAGAACUCAUACAGGAGAGCGACCCUUUGAGUGUCCAGAAUGUGGAAAGGCCUUUAGAGAAAAGUCAACUGUCAUCAUCCAUUACAGGACUCAUACAGGAGAGAAACCUUACGAAUGUAAUGAAUGUGGCAAAGCCUUCACCCAGAAGUCAAACCUCAUUGUCCAUCAGAAAACCCACACAGGAGAAAAAACUUAUGAAUGCACCAAAUGUGGGGAGUCUUUCAUACAGAAGCUUGAUCUAAUUAUACAUCACAGUACUCAUACAGGAAAGAAACCCCACGAAUGUAAUGAGUGUAAGAAAACUUUCAGUGAUAAGUCGACUCUCAUUAUUCAUCAACGAACUCAUACGGGAGAGAAACCUCAUAAAUGUACUGAAUGUGGGAAGUCUUUCAAUGAGAAGUCAACCCUCAUCGUGCAUCAGCGAACUCAUACAGGAGAGAAACCCUAUGAAUGUGAUGUGUGUGGGAAAACCUUCACUCAAAAGUCUAACCUUGGGGUACAUCAGAGAACUCAUUCAGGAGAGAAACCCUUUGAAUGUAAUGAAUGUGAGAAAGCAUUCUCUCAGAAAUCCUAUCUCAUGCUACACCAGAGAGGUCAUACAGGAGAGAAGCCCUAUGAAUGCAGUGAAUGUGAAAAAGCAUUUUCCCAGAAAUCCUAUCUCAUUAUUCAUCAAAGAACGCAUACGGAAGAAAAACCCUAUAAAUGUAACGAAUGUGGCAAAGCCUUCAGAGAAAAGUCAAAACUCAUUAUCCAUCAGAGAAUUCAUACGGGAGAGAAACCCUAUGAAUGUCCUGUAUGUUGGAAAGCUUUCAGCCAGAAGUCACAGCUCAUAAUCCAUCAGCGAACACACACAGGAGAGAAACCCUAUGCAUGCACCGAGUGUGGCAAAGCCUUCAGAGAGAAAUCAACGUUCACUGUACACCAGAGAACUCAUACUGGAGAGAAACCCUAUAAGUGUACAGAAUGUGGGAAAGCCUUUACCCAAAAAUCAAAUCUUAUAGUCCAUCAGAGAACACAUGCAGUAAAGAAAGCCCAUGGGAAAGGCCAUACCCGGAAGUCCAAGCUCAUUGCCCAUUAGUAAGUCACCGGUACAGUUCCCUUCACUGCGGGAAAGUUUUGUCAAUGUAAGUAAAUGUUUUAAAAGUGUGUUCUGACCUCUGGUUUAAAUAUGGGGCAUAAAGUCAGCCUUUUUCCUUUUCAUCUCAGUCUUCACCCGAAAGCUACAAGGAGAAGAAGAAGCAGAAGUGUAAUCUCUGUAUCUGACAAAAUUAGGAAACAGCCGAAACCCCGAUUAGAGGGGGCUGCCAGAAGCAGAGGAAAUCAAGCACCAGUGCAAGGAGGGUUCAAAGGUUAGAGAGAGUGCUCAAGGCUGCAGAUGUGAGACAGCACUGGCGAGGACGCAGCCGAGUUUUAGGCUAUCCCCUGAGUGCAAGGCCACAGAGAUACACAACAGUGGUAACAGGGCACAGGCAAGUGAGGUAGGAUGUUUCCUGGACCCAUUUGGAGUCUCAGGAGAGACAGGCAAGGGCCUCAGCAAGGAAUUGCUCAGGCAAGCCAUAUUUGCAGAAAGUAGUCUAUAUUCAUGAGAGGAACAGUUGGCAGGGACUGAGGAAAGAGGAGAGUUCUUGAGAAGAACCCAACAGGUGCCCCUGUUUCCUGACUCUGCAGAAGUCAAGUCUGAAAGCACUGCAAAAUGGAAAAAAGAAUCCCCAUUAGAAAAACUGAUUGGCCUAGAACGUAGCCCCAUUUCCUUCCCCUACCUGAACUUCCAGCAAACAGCAAGUCCAGGAAAAACUCUUACUCAAAUGAGGAAUGAUUCCAAAGUCAUCAAACGCACAAGUGCACACGGCUUUUGAGCUAGCAGUUCCCCGUCUAGGAAUGUAUAUAGUCACGCAUGUACAAAAUGAUGGACACAUAGAGGUAUUCAAUGACGCACUGCUGGUGAAAGCAAAGAUUGGGAGCUUUCCACAUGGCUCCUGAAAUCCUGCAAUGUCCCUAUGGCAAACUUUUUGGUAGACACAAAUGAAUAAAUAUAUGAAGAGAACUUGGACACCACUUUGUGUAGCAGUACACAAACAUUAGGUGAGAAAAAAAGCAAGGUUGCAGGAGAGUGAGGAUAAUCUGCUACCAUUUGUAUACAAAAAGGAGAACAAAUGGUAAGUAAGUACGUGAUCAAGUGUAUUCACAUAAACUCUUUCUGGAAAGAUAAACGAGAAGCUGGGAACCCUGAUUACCUCUGGGAAAGGGAAGGGGCAGCGGGUGGCUUGGGGGAAGGAAUUGGGAGAGAGACAGCUGUAUAUCCUUUCAGAACUUUAGAAAAUUGUACUAUGUGGAUGUUAUUAACUUUUCAAAAAAUAAAACU